UCAGUCACAAAAUAACCUAACUUCCCGGUAAUGGAAAUGUUAUUUUUAUACAAAUAGUUUAUUUAUAAGAAAAAAUGGAAUUAGAAUUACUCCAAAAUUCUGAAACAAAAAAGCCUUCAAAGCUAUCGUUUACAGGAAAAGCAUUAAUUUAUGUCACUGGUGGUCUAGCGGUCGGAGUUAGCGUUAUUUGUGUACCUUUUGUGGUACCAGCACUAAGGAAAAUAUGUUUACCAUACGUUCCUGCAACCACUGAACAACUUCUUGGAGUUAGCAAAGCAUUAGCUGGUCGUAAUGGGAGACUAUUAGACGUUGGUUCAGGAGAUGGGAGGAUUGUGUUUACUGCUGCUAAACUAGGGUUUCAAGCCGAUGGAGUAGAAUUAAACCCAUGGUUGGUGUACUAUUCACGGAUUGCAGCUUUACUAAACCCCGUGUAUAGGGGUAGCAAGUUUUACAGACGCGACCUGUGGAAAUUUGACCUGAAGCCAUACAAUAACAUAGUGAUAUUUGGUGUGGAACAAAUGAUGGAUGACUUUGAGAAGAAGUUGAUUACAGAGACCAACAAGGACACUGUAGUAGUGGCUUGCAGGUUUCCUUUACCCAAUAUGGUACCUGUAGAAACAAUAGGUAGUGGUGUAGACACUGUCUGGAAGUAUGUUGUGAAAAGAUAACAAGAAACUAUAAACUUACAUAGCUUUAUUAUUUAUUAGUUUAGUUAUAUACACUGUUGUUAGUAAAUAAAUUAUAUAAUAUCUAGAAGCGGCCAC